UCUGUCCUCCAUUUUGUCACGACGCUUGACAGAAACGGGAGGGAAAUUUGGGCGGACAUUAAUUUAUUCAGUUAUUUUAAAGGUUUUAGACAUGGAUCUCCAGAAGCAGCGCCACGGCAUGACGAUGUCCAACGGCUUCAUCUUACCUGAGGGCAAAAUGACCCCUAACACGCUUUUUGUCGGAGGCAUUGACAUGAAGGUUGAAGAGAACGAGAUUCGAGACUUCUUUGCUCGGUUCGGUACCGUGAAGGAGGUUAAGAUCAUCACCUACCGCGGUGGCAUCUGUAAAGGUUAUGGGUUUGUUUACUUCAGCGAGGACGUGGAUAUCCAGACCAUCUCUGAACAACAGGUCACUUUUAAAGGAAAGAAACUCAAACUGGGUCCAGCCAUCAUGAAGGAGCGGAGUUCUCGUGAGUCAGGUUUUCCAGAUUCUGUCCAGUCACCUCUGAUUGGUCCAUCACAAUGGGUAAGCCCCUCCCCCUGCGUCUACUGUACCUGCUGCCCUCCCAGCCUGGUUCCACCCACUGUGCUCGGCGGAGGAGCGCAGUACCUACAGCCAUAUUCUUACCCAAAUUUUCCAGGAGUAAUGAUCCCACAAGUGCCGAUGAAUUAUACACCGCCAUCCUACGCCUACCCGUAUUCCCUGCAACAGUGGUGUGGUGACCAGAGGACCAGGUUUAUGAAUCAGAACUUUGUGGAUUGUGGAGUCCAGACGUUGCUGACACUUCUGUAGUCCAUUUUAGAGGUGGACUUUCAUCCUGGACCCAUGGAAACCAAAGUCUUCAUGGAAAUGAUGCCUGAUUGUGGGGAAACAUCUCCAGCUUUCUACCUCUGCUGUGACAGUUUUUGGAUACGAAGGUCCCGCUCUGAGUGACAUGUCGGUGUGAUGUCCAAUCAUGGUCAUGUGGUCAAACUUCUAAUAGAAGGCUGCAUACUAUGUGUGUGUAUGUGUGAACACAAUUACUCGGUUUAUUUGUAUUGUCCUUUUCUCUGCUUUUGUGAUACCAAACCUACAAAAAAAGAAAAAGAAAAAAAAAGACACUUUUAAAAUCACAAAAGCAUUUCUGUUUCAUUUACGUUGCUUAUUUUAAUGUUUGCACCUCCGUCGCUUUCUGAAUGCUUUUGAUCUCAGUGUAGAGCGACUGUUCUUGAGGCUUCUGUAAAUCGUAAAUGUUUAGAAAGUUCUAAUGAAUCUCAUUCAUGCUGGGAAAUCUCCAACUUCACGCAUCAUUAAAGCACUCUCCUGCCUCAUUUCUAGCAUUUGUUACUGUUUCGGAUCUUUCUCUGUGGAUUUUUUGGUGUGUGGGUUUUGUUUAUUUAUUUAUUUAUUUAUUUUGUGGCUUUUUCCCGUUUAAUUAACAUCUAAUUAUUGUAAUCUAAUAUCUGUUAAUUACACAUUAUUGGUGAGGAGAAAGAAAAAUAAUCACAUUAAAUAAGACUGACUGACAUUAAAAUUUUUAAACCAGUUUCUGUAUAAAAGGUUUAGUUACACGGUGUAGGUUUGGUCAGUUUUAAAUUCACUAAUGAUGGAAUUAAAAUUCUUCACUUUUAUUUAAAGGUUCAUGGUUUUUGUUUCGUCGUCUUUCACUUCGUCAAGGGUGUUUUCUUCACAGGAGUUUUCUUUUUGGAAAAAUUCGAGGGUGAUCGGUCUUGUAUGGUGAGAUUUGCAAUUUUCAUUUUCUUUAAAUAGUUGUGUUAGCAAGACCUUUCCGGAGCCUUUAGCAUCUAAUGGAUUUGUUUCCUCUUCACCUCUUUACACCACCAUGGCCUGUUAGAACUGAAGUUUCUGCUCUGAUUGAUUGCAUUCUUUCACUCUUCGUUUUUCUGUGUAUACUAGUUUAACAAAAGGUUU